GAUCGGCAGACAGCUUUGCAUCGGCUCGCACAGCUUGACUUGCUGGCUGCUCAGCCACCGAUGAGUACUGUCUUGAAUAGGAAUCAAAUCGGAUUUCCACUGUGAAAUUAAGGUGGGAAACAUGUCUGGCAUGAGAGUCGCGAAAGCAGAGGAGGACUUCUGACUCUUCAUCUCUGGGUCUUUCGCCUGCGCGUUUCGGAGAGAGGAGAAAGAGGAACUAAAGGAGCCCACCGAAGGAGGGAUGUCGCGAUGCUGUGCACCAGAAGGACUAAAACUUUGGUGUCAACAUGCGUGGUACUGAGUGGCAUGACUAACAUCUUAUGUCUACUUUACGUCGGCUGGAUUACCAACUAUGUGGCGAACAGCGGUCCUAAAGUUGCGGAGAUGAGCGGCGAGGCGGAGAGAAAGUUAGAGGAGGACAGCAAAGGAGAGACCCUGAGGAUAAUCGAGAGGCUGGACAAGCUGGAGAGCGUCGUCAAUGAACACAUCAAAGAUAAACCCCAGAAGGAAGAUGAAGAUGAUUCAUCCUCAUCAGCCUCAAACCCAAGAUCCUCACUAUUUGAUCACUGGGGUCAUGACCUGGGCCCAGAAAGUCGAAGAAUUGCCAUCAAAAAGUUCCGCUAUUAUGGUUACAACAGCUACCUCAGUGAUCGGCUUUCCAUCACCCGGCCGAUCCCAGAUUUUCGUCCGGACGGAUGUAAAAACAUGUGGUAUUCGCCCGACCUUCCUCAGUUGAGUAUCAUCUUCAUCUUUGUCAAUGAGGCCUUGUCAGUGCUGCUGCGCUCCGUGCACACAGCCAUCCAGAGGACUCCAUCCCAUUUACUCAAGGAGAUUAUACUAGUUGAUGACCACAGCACUAACACGGAAUUGAAAGAGAACCUUCAGAAUUGUGUAGAUGAGAUGAAUGCUCAGCAUGGAUUGGAGUUCAUCAAAGUAGUCCAUCAUGACAAACAAGAAGGACUGAUCAGGUCCAGAGUCAGUGGGUGGAGAGUUGCUUCAGCACCUGUGGUCGCUCUAUUUGAUGCACAUGUGGAAUUCAACACUGGUUGGGCAGAGCCGGUUCUUCAGCGAAUAAAGGAGGACCGCACUCGGGUGGUGUCUCCCUCUUUUGACAACAUCAAAUAUGAUACAUUUGAGAUGGAAGAAUACCCAUUAUCUGCUCAGGGCUUUGAUUGGGAGCUCUGGUGUCGAUACCUCAACCCACCAAAGUCCUGGUGGUCAUUGCGCAACCACACAGCUCCAAUCAGGAGUCCCGCUCUUAUCGGAUGCUUUGUGGUUGACAGGAAGUACUUUGAGGAAAUUGGCCUACUCGAUGAGGGGAUGGAAAUUUACGGAGGGGAGAAUGUGGAGCUUGGCAUCAGGGUAUGGCAAUGCGGUGGAAGCGUAGAAGUCCUUCCUUGCUCCAGGAUUGCACACAUCGAGAGAGCCCACAAGCCUUACACAGAAAAUCUGACAGCCCUCGUGCGUCGCAAUGCUUUAAGAGUGGCUGAGGUCUGGAUGGACAACUAUAAAAGUCAUGUUUACAUGGCCUGGAAUGUUCCAUUUCAGAAUUCAGGAAUAAAUAUUGGGGACAUUUCGGAGAGACAGGCCCUGCGAUCCAAACUCAAGUGCCAACCAUUCAGCUGGUUCCUCGCCAAUAUCUACCCUGAGCUCCGAUCCUACGGUAACACAGUUGCAUAUGGAGUGUUGAAGAAUAGUCUCAGAAAUGACCUGUGUUUGGACCAAGGACCCGACACUGACAACAUACCCAUCAUGUAUAUCUGUCACGGUAUGACAGCACAGAAUGUGUAUUACACUAGUUCCCAGCAACUUCACCUUGGAGUGCUGAGUCCAACCAUUGAUGAUGAUGACAACAAGUGUCUGGUGGAUGUGAACAGCAAACCCAGAUUGCUGGAAUGCACCUAUGCAGCCGUCAAGCACAUGAAGCUUACCUGGACUUUCACACCGGACGGUUCCAUCCAGAACACGGAGUCUCAACAUUGUCUGGAGAUGGUGGAAAGCAGUCAGUCCCAGUUUAGUUUCCAGCUUGCCAUUCAGGACUGCAGCGGACAAAAGUGGACCAUCACUAACAUACUGACUGUCCUACCCCAGUGAAGACAUUUUGGGACAUCUUCAUUGUAAUGGAGAAAGACAGACUUGUUAUCAGCUGCUACAAAACAAAGAACAAAAAUUUGCGUUGUAUGCGCAAGGAAAUAAUUCAAUCUGAAACUUACCGUCAGUUCCUUUCUAAUCAUUUUAUACCUGCAAUGUCUCGUGAGGGGAGACACUCACAGAUGAAUCAUGCUCACUAAACUUCUCAUUCUGUAGAAUGUAGGAGAAACACAAUUUCAUAUUCCAGGGAACAGACCCAUGAAAUCCCCGGCUGGUUAUUACAGAAACUCCGCUCGGAAUAAAAUUUCGUCAGUUACGUCCCGACGAUCACGUAACUAAACCAAAUUCAGUUUGGAUGGUUCCAAUCUGCUUGUGGGCUUAGGUCCACCUAUUCUCGACAACAUUAUGGGUGAUAUCCAAUUGAGUUAAAUGCUAUUUUGCGCAUGAUGUUCACAAGCUCCAUGGCCUUGUACCAAGCCAAGUCGCAAUAUGCUCCAGAACAAACUUGCAACCAUGAAAUGGAUGGAUGCCAUUAUAACAGUAGACUCAGCGGAUCUGUUUA